CGCGCGACGCGACGCAUGCGCACGAACACUAUAAUCUCUGCAGAGCGUACUGGGUGAAUUUGUAAAUAUUGCUCCCACGUUUCGGAGCGGAGUGAAAAUUGAGCAUUUCAACAGUUUCAAAUAGUUUAAAAUGAAGACUAGGAGGGAUCGCAAGCAAAAACCUGCUCUCAAAGUGAAGAAAGAAUCCAAAACUGGAGAGUCAACCCUCAAGAAAGCGGUGAAGAAUGUCAAAGAGAUAUUGAAGAAAGAAACAAAGAAGAAAGUAAACGCAGUGGUAAAGAAAGAAACAAAGGCAGUGCUCAAGAGGCCAGCGAAGACAGAAAAGAAAGACGAAAAAGCGAAAAGGCGAACCCAGGAUUUCAUCAGAGUCGACAGAACGAAGGGAAAGAAACAAAUAAAGAAAGCUAGUGUGAAGAAGGAACCAGGAGACGUGGCACAAUCUGGAAGAGGAUUGAUUUACAUUGGACACAUACCACACGGAUUCUAUGAGGAGCAGAUGAAGGACUAUUUCUCACAGUUUGGAAAAGUCACAAGAGUUCGAGUUUCAAGAUCUAAAAUCACAGGACGCAGUAAAGGCUAUGGUUACGUCGAAUUCGUCCACCCAGAAGUAGCAAAAAUCGCAGCAGAGUCUAUGAAUAAUUAUUUGAUGAGUGGAAGACUUGUAAAAGCUGAAUACAUACCACCAGAGAAGCAGCACGAGCACUAUUUCAAGGGCUCAAACUGGAAAAUCGGAGGUCAUCCCAAAUUGAAAACGAGAAUGAAGGCCAUUCGUAUUGCCAAUGCCCCAAGACCAAACUCUGAGCACAAGAAAUUCGUCCAAAAAACUGUCAGCAAACUCUCGAAGUUGUCGCAGCUGUUGAAAAAUGAGGGCAUUGAUUUCAAGAUGAAGCUGGGCGAUGUAGAAAUUUAAAUACAUGUUCAUAAAUUUUAUUAUAUUAUUUGGCA